AUGAGUGGCGUGAUUAACGGACUUUUGAGCGGCUUUCUACUAUCAGGCUCUAUUACAUACUUAACAGUGCUAAAAUUUCACAAUGACCAACGAAUUGUAUCUGAGGCAUUAAACGACACAACAAUGCUCGUUAAAAAUCAUGGAAAAGUUGUUGAACCCCAGAGCAAUGUGAUAUUUUACAAGCAAAGAAUGAUGAAGGAAGCAAUAAAGGACAUAUGGAACUACGAGGUAAUCAAAAGUGUGAACUGGCUAUAUUCAUUAAACAUAUCUGCUGCGACUGAUAGCUUACUCGAGAAACUUCUUCCAGCACCAGAGGGCUUGUAUAAUACAGAUUCGGACUCUAAUUGA